UUUCGCGAAAUCCAUAGAAGAAGAGACACAUCAGCACUUCCGGAUUAUUGCAUCGAUCAGAACACAACGACUACAAUGACAUAGACAGAAAAUACCCAAACUAGCCCAACGACGGCAAACAGCCUGCAAUGUUUAACGGAAAACGAACCGCAAAAAAUUAAAAUGUCUCUACUGACCCCGAAAACGAUCGUUAUAGCCACUGUUCCAGGGAAAACUCAGCCCAGGCCUGUCACUAUUCAGUCGCCUAAGGAAAUGGAGUAUUUCUCUGACGAACAGGAUGGGGCUCCAAGGAAGAGGCGCCGUUUGACCCAUCUCACCCCAGAGGAAAAACUCAUGAGAAGAAAACUGAAAAACAGAGUAGCAGCCCAGACAGCUCGUGAUAGGAAGAAGGCCAUCAUGUCUGACCUCGAAAUACAAGUCGCAAAAUUAAUGGAAGAAAACAAACGUCUACAAAGAGAGAACAGCAGCCUUAAAGAGCGGUCCAGUGAGCUGAUGAAUGAGAACUCGUCACUGAAGGAGCGCCUUGGGACGGACGUGUCAUUGGUUAAGAUGGAGGAGGAGACCUCGGGAUCUGCAGCAUCCUUUGUCUCUCUGCCGCAGGGACAUCCUUCUCCCCCAUCUCAUCCAGUGAUGCCAUACGUCUUAACUCUGUGUGCAAGUUCCACCAACAAAACUACAGAUGCUAAUGUCAAAUCUGUAUGCCAACUCCAAAUUAAGCCAAGAAAAGAUACACAAGCUGGACCCAAUUCUUCAGUGGUGGGGCCGUCACCAGCAGAACUGGAAUCCAUCAAUGAACUGAUUAAAUUUGAUCACGAGUAUUACAAAAUAGAGCCCCUCACCCCAGAGCCCAAGAUGGAGGUCAUUAUCGAUUCAGGUGUCUCUUCUACUGUUGAAAAUAAAACAGACUCUGAGAGUGUUGUUCCAGACAUCAAAACUGAAUUUGCUUUGCAAGAAGACUGUGUUCGGACAGUUACUGAGGAGUCCCCCAUUCUGUGUAUUGAGGAUAUUGUGGACUUGGAAAAAGAAGUGUUGAAUGUGUUACCUGAGAUAAAUAUUGAUCUUCUCAAUGACAUUGAAAGCCUUAUUGAGGAUGACCUCCAUCGUCAGGCUAUUCCUGAUUCCAUGGAUGAAGUUUCACAAAAUGGACAGUUAUUACUGCCAAAUGAACAGAAUAAGAAACUUCAGUCUGAGCUCACACCUCCAGCAGUGAAACAUUCCAAAAAGAGGAAAUUCUCCCAGACAAUUGGUCCCAACUCGGACCUUGUGUCCUCGGACGAUUAUUUCUCAGGCAGCGACUCUGGAAUUGCCAGUGACUAUAGUGAAGCAGGGUCCCCAUAUAGUGACUUUUCUGGGGGUCUGUCGGACAAUGUCUGGGAAGAAUCAUUCAUCGAAUUGUUCCCCAAUUUAGUGUGAGCUUUCAUACUGGAGUUUAUUGUUUUGUACAUAAUACAUAUUCAUCAAGUAAAUUAUUCAGUUGUACUAUCAUUUUAUCAUGUAAAAUGUUCAUUUUGUGAAAUAAAUUCUAGUGGAAAAUGGGAA